CCGCCACUUACCUCGCAUCAGACCCGCGUACGACGCGCAACGCAACAACAACAUUCGUCGCGCGCGCUGCAGUGCUUUUGCGCUAUUACAGCGUAUAGGCGUAUUAUUAUUAUAUUAUAUUGUAUCGCUGUUGUACGGACGACGCGGUUUUUCGUUCGCACCGGCUGACAACGAUCGACGAUACGACGACGACCAAAGACGCAUCGCCGCCGGAAUUGACCUAGUUAUUUUUUUCGCGUUGUUUUUACUCUCGGCUUUUUUUCUCCGUUUUCGUUUUGAGCUCCGCACGCUCCCCCGCCACCGCCUCUCGGAAUCGUCCGCCCCCCUCGAUAACCGAUAAAUUGCUCAACGACCGCCGUCGUCGUACCCUGCCCGUGUAUACGACAGGGCCAUCGCGUGCCGAACCGGACGACGGGGCGCGUGUUCUUGCAGUGGCGUUGUCGUAUAUACACGCACACGCGCGCGCGCGCACGCACACCACAGUUUACCGGACAGGAUAGUAGCCGCUCACCUGCACGUAAACCGCGGUGCACGCACUUCGAAUUGGGCGCGUGCUGCGCUAGAUCGACCGAUCAUCGGGACACGCGUUAGCUCUUUAGAUGUAACUUUCCAGAUGACGAUUUGACAUUGCGAUUGAAACCAUACUGCCUUGCCGCUAUGGACAUAACAUGGCCGAAGACUAUUGGCAUGCCGGUAGCAGAUUUAUGGUGUCCUUGUCGUCGUUGUUGUUGUUGUUGCUGUUAUCGGUAUGCGUCAGUGCUCAGAGAACGCUAUCUUCGUCCGGAUGUGACAAGACGUUUGUGAGCAACGACGGUCCGCAGAAUGGUACGUUCCGGGCCCCGGAGUUCACCAACAUCAACAACGAGUCCAAAGUGUGCGUUUUCACGUUCGUGGCUGCUUCGCAUCAGAAGGUCUUCGUAUCGUUUACUGCGUUCAAGCUCCGAAGCACACCUCCAGAAUGCGUGCACGAGUACGUGGACGUAUACUCGGAGGUUCAACAAGUCGAUACGGAGGACUUGAUAAACUCACCGUUUGGAGGUAGAUACUGCGGUCUUAUACCACCGAGAGACCGAACGUCGUUGUACAGAACUGUAGCGUUUAGCUUCUACACAGACAAGAACACGACCACAUCAUCGUUGUUCGAAGGCUAUUAUAUGUUCAGCAAUGACUCCGCAUUCCAAUUGGGAACGCCGUCGCCGAUCAGCCCGUGUUCAUUUGUUGUGAACUCAAAUGUGAAAAAAGUAGGCACUAUACUCACACCAACGUACCCGGGUAUAUAUCCCAAAGGAAUGAAAUGUACAUACUUAUUUCACGGACAAGCCAACCAGAGGGUGCGGUUAGAAUUCCGAGACUUUGACCUAUUUUACGGAGGUCCACACUGUCCUUUUGACAUCGUAAGCAUUUAUGAUGGAUCAAAUGCUACUAGCCCUUUGAUAGGCCAGUAUUGCGGUCAACAACGAAAUUUAGUAGUCUACUCGACUAAAAAUUAUUUAUACGUAACUUUCGACACACUUCAUAGGGCAGCGAACACGCAGAACCGUGGUUUCAAAGGCAUGUUUGAAUUUAGCGAAAGUUUUGUCAAACUAGAUUUUAUCGGGAUAAACGACGGAGAACACGUUCGAGGCACUGAAUGCGAUCAAAAAGUGUUAAGUAAACGAACCUCGACGGGAUAUAUAUAUAGUCCUAAUUAUCCGUUUCCGUACAUCCCGAAAAUCGUAUGUCGGUAUUUUGUUUAUGGUCUUGAAGGUGCACAAGAUUUGGAAAGAGUUAAGUUGGAAUUCCAAAAAUUCAACAUACCUAAAGCACAUAUUAACGAACAGGAAUGCACGGACGGUUACUUAAAGCUAUACUUGAGAGGUCAAGAAGCUAUGGACCUGUAUGACAAGUUUGACUACGAAAUGUGCGGUGAUGAGGCUGAUGAAAAGGUAGUGACGAGUGAAGGCGCUAGACUAGCAAUGGUUUUCAGCAGUGGUGAAUUACAUGGUCGAGGAUUUAAAGCCAAAUAUACGUUUGAAACAGAAUAUCUUAUACCUGGAACGGCUGCACCGAACGGUACGUGUCAUUUUACUUACCGUAGUGAGUCUAAGAAACGAGGAGAUUUCAACUCGCCCAGACAUCCGGCAAACUAUCCCAACGGUCUAAACUGUACGUUUCUAUUCCUGGCUACGCCCAACGAACAGGUCACCGUGAUAUUCGAUCAGUUCAAAAUCAAAGUUGACGUAGCCAACAUUUCAUUAGUUCAAUUUGGGGUGUUUGUUUGCAAGGAGGACUGGCUCGAAAUAUAUAACAUUUACAAAGAUGGCACAGAGAAAAUCGUCGGUAGAUAUUGCGGUAUGACAGCCCCUGGACCGUUGGAAUCUAAUCGUGGUGCGAUUGGCCUAAAGGUGCUUCUGCACACAAACUCGGAAGGUGUCUCUAGUGGCUUCAAGGCUAGGUAUUUUUUCGAUGAAGCCAAGGCGAUAUUUGGCGACUGCGGUAGUAAUAUCAGUAAUGCAGAUUCUGGAAAGGUGCAGAGUCCGAAUUUCCCGCUCAAAUAUACUGCACCGGAAAAAGGAAUGCCGAGCAGAACGUGCAAUUGGUUUAUAAACGUCAGGCCCAAUUACAAAAUACUGCUCAACUUUGUCUCGUUCUCGGUGGAAGGAGAGCCGGCAACUAGAGGCUGCGCGACGGCUGUUGUUAGACUUUGGCCAUCUGUAGAAGAACCACCGUUGGAGUUAUGUGGUGAAAAGCCCAUUGAGUCAUGGCAAUUUCUGUCCGAAUCCAAUCAGUUCAGGAUAAGUUUUGUUGUGGCUGACAAAUCGGGCAACGGUACUGGUUUCGCUGCGACCUGGACUGAAGUAUUGGACAAUUCUGACUCGUGUCCGGGGUUUCAAUGCGAAAACUCAAGUUACUGCAUAUCCAAUCAGUUAAGGUGCAACAACGUGAUGAAUUGUGGGUCCAACGACGUGUCGGACGAGACCAACUGUGCAAUGGAACCGGAAGCCAUGGACAACGUGGUGCUGUCGGCGGUGCUGACCAUGUGCACAGUGCUAGCGCUGAUGCUGGCCGGAUGCCUGUGCUGCCGGCGGCGGUCGGGCUCCGGGCGCCGCGAUCGGUUCCGACGGGGCGUCGGGGGUGGCGUGGGAGUCGCGGGCGGUGGAUACAACCGGCACCGGCGGCACCACCAACACCACCACCAACACCAUCACGAGCCCCGGCCGCCGUCGCUCCGGUCGCUCAGCCCUACGCCGUCAUCCGGCCAACACGUGUGCGACGAACUGGGCGAGCGGUUCGCCAGCGUGGACAGCGUGUGACGUCCACUGGAGCACCACCGCCAUCACCGCCGGCGCCGCCGCCGUCACCACAGCCGCAACCUCUAUCAACAACAACACCACCGCCGCCGUUGCCGCCGCUGCCGCCGAGACCGCGACGAUGACCACCGCCAGAGUCCUUCUCAGCAGCAGCAGCCGCAUCAGCAGCAGUAGUAGUAGUAGAGCCCGUUUCGUCCCGGCCACGCUCCCCGUCGCGACUUCUGCGCAGCAGUUGCGGUGGUCGAUCGCGCCACUGCGACCGCCCCCUCAUCGCUCAACAGUCACCGCCGCAGUAUUAUAGGUACCCCCCCUGUACUAUAUAUUAUAUAUAAAUUAUAAUAUUAUAAUAUGGUUUUCGCGUGGUGCGCUAAAAUUAGUCGUGUCAAUCCUAUGCUCGUCGAACGGUGUUUAGAAAAUAAUAAUAAUAAUUAAUAAUAUAAUUGUAUAAUAUAAUAUUAUAUGUAUUGUACGAAUUUUUUGUCAUUUCGUUUAUCGUUUAUCGUGAUCACUUACGUACCUAUAUAAUAUUAUUAUAUAUUAUUAUACGCUCGCCGCGUAUUGAGAUCGAUUUCCCCGGAAGCGGCGGAUUUCGUAAUCUUUCGUUUUUUUUUUUUUAUUAUAACUUUAUUUUUCGUUUUGACUUAAACAAACCACCGAUAAUCACAGAUGACAGGUCUGAAGACUUUCACACCCCGCAAGAGACGACCGUUACGGUAACAGCUACACUUUACCAUCUGCUCUACGACUAGCAAAGUAAUUUCCGUUUAAAUCUUCCACAGUCUUCCCAACCACCUAUCACCUCUCAUCGCGUCCACUCGACAUAAUAUAUUAUAAUGAUUAUAUAUGUAUUGUUGUAUAUGAGAGUUACGUUGAUCUUCGAAAUCUUUCGAUAUCAUCACGUCGAAUAUUAUAGUAUUAUUUUUCUUUGAUUUUGUUUUUCGUUAUAUAAUUCGAUCAGUCAGUAACAAUGUUCACCACAAAAUCAUCAUCUCCAGCACGUAGCUGUAAUUGUACACUUUCAGUAUAGUUCCAAAUAUCGGAGGGGAAUGGGAGCUAGGAUCCCUAACUGUAGUCUGUAAACAACUGAAAAUUUCACACAUUUGCAACAAUCUUUUUAGGUGUUUUAUAACAAUAGAAAAGUCACAUUAGAGUCCGGUGUGGAGUUAAGCUUCAGCUCCCCUCCCCUUCCAAAUCUCAAACUUUAUUUUCACUACUAAUCUUCAGUAUUCUAUAUAUAAUAACAGUAAUAAUAAAUCGAAUCAGCGACUCGUUAUAAUAUACAUAUAUACUUUUACGUAAUAUCAAAAUUAAUGAAUGUAUGUGUACGUGUGCGUGUAUGUGUGUGUGUGUAAAACUUGCAAAGUUUUUUGCUUCUUUUCUAGGGAUAUAUAACAUAAUACGACGAUGAUGAUGAUGAUGUUAUGUGUAUAUACAUUAUAUAGUAUAAUCGACACUAACCCCGCGCCGUACCGUAUACUUACGAGAGUGUUUUCUACCGAAUAUCGAUCAGCGUGUCGUUUUAGGGAGCGUUCUAUUAUAUAGCUCCAUCUAGUGCACUCGGCAAUCAUCAAGAACAGCUGAGCGCAUCGUGAAAUACAAAAUAAAUCGUUCGCAUCCCGUAUUCGGCUGUCGGCGAUGCGUGUUGGAAUCCCUUUCAAUUUAAAUAUAAUAUACAAAUAUAUAUAUAUACAAUCAAAUCCACUUAGUUGGGACACUUCGGGCGGUGAUCUAUCUGUCUCCGUUAUCCGACUGUCCCGAUAAACCGAUUUUUAAUGUAACGAAUACAUUUGUUUGGGAUUCUGUUUGUCCCUAUUAUGCGGUGUCCCCAUAAAGUGGAUUCUACUGUAUAUUUAAUAACAUUACAAUAACGUCGUCGACGCGCGCACGGCUAGUUUUCAGUGUGUGCUAUACUAUACAUUGGGGAGUGAGGGUCAAAAAUGGAAUCAAUUGCUCAAUCAUAUUAAGCCAAAAAUAAUAAUAAUAAUAUAAUAGAAGAAUUCCCAGUUUUUGCGUUCGCUGCCACUUUUUUUGGAGGGAGGUAAAACGGGAACGAUUGCGUUUUUCAAAAUGUUCGUUGCUGAAAGACUAGUCGUGGCGAUUUGUUUUUUUUUUUUUUUUUACCUCACAGUUUGGUAUAAGUAUAACAUAUAAUAUUAUGAAAUAUCUAUGUAUUAUAACAAUAUGUACUUAAAUAUAAUAUUAUAUUAACGAUUUUUCGAAAUUUCAAAAGGCUGGAGUUUAGACAAAUACAUAUUUUGUUAUCUAUUUAUAAUUUUAGGUUUUGUUUUUAGUUAAGACAUCAUAUAACCGCUUUGGACCUCUUGUUAUUAUAUUAUAAUAUACAAUAACAGCGCUUAUUUAUACCUAAUAUAUAAAUAUAUAAUAUUACAAAUACCCGAACGGUCUCGAUAAUGUAUUACGACAUCUGUUUCGUAGACGUAUAUUAUUCUGUAUAGUAUAGUUUUUUUUUGUACAUUUUCGUUAUUAUCUGAUUGAGAUUUCAUCGACAGCGUGUCAUGAUUAUAAUUAUCUUGUGUGUGUAGGUAAUCUAUUCGUAAGACACUUACACGGAAUAUUAGUUUCGUUUCCAAACAUCUUAAGCAAACAUUACAAAAUAUUAUUAAAUUGUUUUUGUUACGGUUUCCUGCACAAUAUUGUUGUAUAUUAAUCUAAAUAAAACGCACUUGUAAUAUCUCUAACUAUUCUUUCGCCAAAUCAAGCUCAAGGGGUGGACAAUUCAAAUAAAUGUGGGUCGCGCGUAUAUUGAAUUGAACUGCUCAACUCGAUGACCUCCAUCCACUAAACAGUUUUACGCCUCAAAAGUCUACAAAUAGACGAAAGUCUUUCACUUCCGGCCAUUACAUACACACACAUAUUAUAAUACACCCUAUAGGAAUACGUAUAUAUUAUAUAGAUUAGGUACAUUAGGAUAAAUUACUAUCGAAAUUCCGGAGUGAAAACAGUAUUAUUGUAAUGAAUUUCUUCCAAUUUUAAUAAAAAUGUUACGAUAUUUAACAUAUUAAAUAAUAAUAAUAAAUUUAUACAUACUAUAUAAUAAUUUGUAUCGGCAAUCUACUUCCGACAAUGUGUAUAUAUUAUUAUAUAACAUAAUAAAUAUAAUUAUACGUUAGCGUAAGUGUAUCGAACUUUUGUUAUGAAUUUUCGUUAAGUUUUUAACUAUCGUAUUAAUUAUACUCGUACGUUGAACGUUUUGCUUGUAAUAUUGUUAGUAAAAAAAUUGUGUUUUUUUUAUGGCAAAUAUUUUUUUUCUAUUGUUACACGAUAUUUGAGUAUACCUCGUUAAUGUUUACAUAAUAAAAUAAUACUACGCAUAGUCCCAUAGAGGCCUAGUGUAUAAUAACAUUGUUUAAGCUCUAAAACGUGCUGUGUAACAUUAUUUUGGUGCAUAUUAUUACUUAUAAAAGAGUAAUAAUAUUAAUUUAGUCUAUUUAUAUUUAUAUCUAGUCGAUUGUGACGUAUAAACAACUAAAUAGUCUUUAGUCGUUAUUACAAUUAUAUAUUAUUAUUAUUAUUAAUAUAAUUAAUAUAUAAUAUUGUACUAAUAUACUUUUUUGUAGUAAUAUGUGUUUCCGUUCACGAAAUAAUGUGCGCGGUUAGGUUGUUAAACCAAUCAAGUCAAAACAAUCCAAUUAAUAUUUAAUAUAACAAAUAAAAACAAAUCUUUUCAAUCAAUCAAUUAAAAAAAAAUCGUUGAAAAACAUAAUAUUAUUAUACAGGACCAAAAUUCAUUAAUUUUAUUUAGCUUUCUCUUCUCGCCACUCAAUGCUUACACCUUAUUCAGACCAAAAUAUAUUAUUAUAUUAUUCGUUUCAUCUAUAUAAUAUUAUAUACGUUUCGUUCAUCUGAAAAACGAACGUGUUUCAGUCCAGUAAGCUAAUAUUUAGCACACGGUAAAUUUUUAUUUAUUUACCAACAAAAUACUGCUCAA